ACUCAAGCGGCCUUUGCCGAGUCAAAUCGUUGUCGAGACCCUGAUGCGAGGGAAGGACGACCCCGACUUCGCCUGGAUGGAGCGCAUGCUUCGCGGGUUCCUGUUCAGGGAGGUCGGCCGCACGGAUUCGUCCCACCGCACCCGACGCGGCAUGAACAGCGAGUGGCUCAACAAGCACAUCUGGCAGCACCAGGCCAGUAUCGAGGAAUAUCCCGCCGAGAGCGACCCGGGUGCCUGGGAGGGCGGCCUGGCCUGGAGCCGGAGCAAGCAUCUCAUGAUGCGAGGAAUGCGCCUCUCGACCGGAGGGGCGGAGGAGAAGAGCAAGGAAAGUCAGGAUGAAGCUAAUGGAGGGAGAAUGCACUAGCAUGUUUCUUUUCUGUUCUUCCUUGUUGCCUGGGUACUUUGAUUUUGGGAGAGGGGGUAGGGGGGUGUGAAGGACGUUGGAGACUCGUGGUCCUGCGUGACACCCCUUUCUCCCCCCCCUUUUUUUUGUCUCUUUUCCUGUUCUUUACCUUCGUUGUCCAGAGGAGACGGGCCCUUUUUGUUGGACAGGCAGAGGACACACGAAACGCGACACAUGCGACAGCCUUGCUGAAUUUUUGAGGAUCACCGGGG